CUGCAUUGAGGCUGCCUGGCUCGCCAGAUAGGUGGGUGGGGAAAUCCAGAUUUGCCAUGGAGAAGAUUUCAGUGUCAACAUUCUUGCUUCUUGUGGCCCUCUCCUACACUCUGGCUAAGGAUGCCACAGUCAAACCAGGAGCUAAAAAGGACUCAAAGGACUCUCGCCCUAAACUGCCCCAGACCCUCUCUAGAGGUUGGGGGGAUCAACUCAUCUGGACUCAGACAUAUGAAGAAGCUUUAUACAAAUCCAAGACAAGCAACAAACCCUUGAUGAUUAUUCAUCACUUGGAUGAAUGCCCACACAGUCAAGCUUUAAAGAAAGUGUUUGCUGAAAACAAAGAAAUCCAGAAAUUGGCAGAUCAGUUUGUUCUCCUCAAUCUAGUUUAUGAAACAACUGACAAACACCUUUCUCCUGAUGGCCAGUAUGUCCCUAGGAUUAUGUUUAUUGACCCAUCCCUAACAGUUAGAGCCGACAUCACUGGAAGAUAUUCAAAUCGUCUUUAUGCUUACGAACCUUCAGAUGCAGCUCUAUUGCUGGAAAACAUGAAGAAAGCUCUCAAGUUUCUGAAGACUGAAUUGUAGAGAAAAAACAGUAUCUGCAAACUCUUCCCUCUGUUAGUCCUUGACAUAUGGAAGCAGAGAUUUUAGAAGAUUUUGGAUCAUGUGGAAGCACUGGUGGACAUACAGAAUAGAUUAUGGUCUAAUGUUACAACGGCUACUUUUUUUUAAAAAAAAAAAAAUUGGUUCCAAGUAUGAAAACAAUAUUAUAUACUACCAUAAUGAGCCAUGAUUUUAAAAAAAAAAUAAAUCCUUUUGGCGGUGUUCAGGCUGUUAAUUUUCCAA